AUGGUCGAGGAAGACACUCUGCCGAGUAGACAGACAGUGCGCACUGUUGACCUCCCCACAGUGUUUGCCAGAACUCAGGAACUGAAAUAAGAACUUCACAAGAAGAUUUCUCCUUCUUUACUUCUCUUUUCAGACUGGUUCCAAACCCAAAGAGUAUUCUUAAUCGCAGGACAAGAGAGAGGACACAGCAUGCUGUCAUCUUUGAAGACCCUGCUGCUGCUCUCCGUCCUGUGUGCACCGACUUCCAGCCUGUGCUUGCGCCUUUACCAGAGCCGACCCGACCUUCUCUGCAACGAUCACAUGGCUCUGGAGGCUCGAAGUGAGGAGAGCGAACCAGGCUACUCCCCCGUGGAUGCCUGGGCUUCCCUCCUGCAGUCCGCGGACUACCUCUCCUCCUCCUCGGUCGAGUCAAGUCGGGAAAAAAGGACUUCAACUCCAACAAACUACCGCUUCAUGAGCCGGACGAAGCUCAGAGGGCAGAUGCUCCGCAACAACAUCAAAGGUGACCGGAGAAGCAGACUGACUCUGUCUCUGGACGUCCCGACAAACAUCAUGAACGUCCUCUUUGACGUCGCCAAAGCCAAGAACCUGCGCGCAAAAGCGGCUGAGAACGCGCGGCUCCUGGCGCAGAUCGGGCGAAGGAAAUAAGAAAACAUGUGGAAAAAAACAAAACAAAACAAAAAAAAACUCUGAUUUAGCACAGAGCAGUUAGUAAAUGUAUUGAAUAAAUGUUAUUUGCUCAGACACAACAAAAUGUUCCACAAGGGAAAACAUCCACUCUAACAAAGGGAAACCAUGUUAUAACUGCGGUGAUCUCAUACUGUAUGUGAGUUGGCAUUGUCCUUGUUCAAAUCAAAGCACAGCAAGAAAUCUGCCUGAUGUUUAGCAUAAAUCGAAAAAAUAUAUAUUUAAUUCAAAAUACAUUUUUAAAUAACCCAAAAUUUUGUUUGAUGUGCAAAUUAAGUAAAAAAAAGUGUUGGUUUGUUUGAUAUGAUAAAGAUGUUUCAUUGGCUUGAAGUAUAUUAUAUUUUACAAAUGCAUAGGUUCCUAAUCUUGAAGAAGUGUGAAGCACUGUUUUUAUAGUGCUUUAUUAAUAAAGUCAGAUGAUAUGCGUGAUUCCUGUCCUAAAUCCAAACAACAUAGAACUCUCUAAUUUUCAUUUGCUGAAGAUAAAAAGUAAUUAAUACGUACGUUAGGAAAUGUUGAACUGUGGAAGAUUUGGUCAUAAUUGAAAUAAUUUGCCUUUUUUCUUCAAGGAUUUAUUUUUAUCUAAUUACAGGAAUCAGUUAACUAUGGAAGAACCCUUCAUUGGAAAACAACUCACUGGCAAUAAAAUACUGUACAAAUUCACCUGCAAAGAUCAUGAAUACAAAUGCAAAUGCAUGUGAAUGUAUGCUGU